UUCUGGAAGUAAGCCAUGGUAGUGGUCGCGUCAUAGUUCUUAGUACUGUGAUUGUUCAUAUUAUCCCUACUUCAAUAUUGAUUCUGUUUCCUCAUUGGUUUAACCAAGUCAGUAUUCAUCGGAUUUCUUGAAAUUUUUGAGAUAUGAACAAUGAAGAGAAGCCUUGGUUUUAGAUGAUGUGAUCUGUCGUGUCGUUUCCUACUCGUUUAUAUGCAUUCGGUAUGUGGUUAGUGUGGAUGUGCCGUGUGCAACCAAAGGAGGUCGUUCAGUAACAUCCAGUUGUCUUGUAGAGUUCCCGUGUGGCUGUGAUCUCACUCUUAAUGUAUUUCUAACGUGGUUUACUGAACAGAUUAUCCGUUACAAGAUAUAAUCGUUUUGAAAUGAAAUUAAUCCAGUGACCAGUGACUACAGUUUCAUAUUUGUGUCCUCAAAACGUUUGAUAGUGUGUUUCUGUGUUCUGACGUACUUUUUUUUUCUUAUCAGCGUUGACACGGUGAACAGAGUGAUGGGGCGAUUCACUGGGAAGAAAUGCCGCCUCGUGUCGAUGUUUUGGCUUACUCUCUUCUUCUUCCUGGUAGAGAUUGUGGUAGGGUAUGUGACCAACUCCAUGGCACUUGUUGCAGACAGUUUUCACAUGCUGAGUGAUGUUGCUGCGCUGGUUGUGGCCUUCCUUUCUGUUAAGAUGUCUCCAAAGAAAUGGUCAAAGAAUACAUUUGGCUGGGCCCGAGCUGAAGUGUUGGGAGCAUUGGUAAAUGCCGUAUUCCUCGUUGCAUUGUGCUUCUCUAUAACAGUAGAAGCUUGCAAAAGAUUCAUCGAGGUUGAAGAGAUUCAUGAGCCGAGACUUAUAGUUGUAGUAGGAGUAUUGGGAUUGUUAGUGAAUAUUGUUGGUCUUUUCUUGUUCCAUGAACAUGGUAACACACAUGGACAUUCUCACGGAGGUUUCUCACGGAGCCACACGCGACUAACACACUUAGUAGCGACAGAUGAUAAUGAAAAUGACGAAACCUUCCAGCCACCAGUGCCACCUGCCCCUUCCUCAGUACUGGGUUCUGACAGGAUGAAAGAAGGACGAUGCCAACAAUCACAUGAUUCAAAUCCUGCUUCGCAGAUGAACAUGCGUGGUGUAUUUCUUCACGUUAUGGCUGAUGCAUUGGGCUCCGUCAUAGUAAUCGCUUCUGCCUCAAUAGUAUACCUCACAGACUGGGAGUACAAAUACUACAUUGAUCCAGCAUUAAGCCUGCUGCUUGUGUUGCUGAUUCUGCGAUCAGUGUGGCCACUACUACAGGAAUCUGCUUUGAUCCUACUGCAGACCGUUCCAACUCAUAUACAAGUGGAUGCCAUACAACGUCGCCUACUAGAUAAGGUGGAUGGUGUUCUAGCUGUGCAUGAGUUCCACGUGUGGCAGCUGGCAGGAGAUCGUAUUAUUGCUUCAGCACAUAUAAGAUGCAGAAAUUUAUCAGAGUAUAUGAAAAUUGCUGAAAAAGUUAAAGAAUUCUUUCAUAAUGAGGGCAUCCAUUCAACUACCAUACAACCAGAAUUUGUUGAAGUGAACGAGUUUCCUGCAGACACAAUCCAGCCAGCCCCAACAGAAGACUGCGUGUUGGAUUGCCCUAAGACAGACAAACCGUGUGCCCUAUCUACUUGUUGUGGACCUUCCAAACAUGGUCGUGAUACCCCAUCACCAGGCGACACUCCGUACCUAUGUCGGCAGCGCAACAGUGCAGCCAGCUUCAACAAUCGAGUACAGGAACUGAGUGAAAUGGAGAGCGGGCACUUACUAGCAUCUUCUGCGCCUUGCGCAGUGCAGGGUAAUGGUAGCUGUCCUUGUCCUGUGCCAUGCCCUUCAACUCCUGUUAAUAAAGAGUCGUGUGUUUGACGCUGGUCUCCGAGCUCGUCCUCCUUGCUGCCAGCUGUCAAGUGAGUAGCAUACCAAUGAGCCAGCGAGCAUUCAUCAUCUGUCUAGUCCACUUUAUUUCACCCAAGCAUAACCUUAGUGUGCAUCCACUCUCCUGAUUUGGGAGUGGAACAACCAGCAUAAACCGAGCGUCUUCUGUGUUGCCAAAUUACUAUAACAGUGAAGUUAACAAUGGUAAUGCAAAGUAACUACAAUGGCUGUAGAAACACUGUUGGACAUGUGUAUUGUCUGAGGUAUAUCUGAUAUACAGUCCCGCGCGCCGUAGCGAUACAAAUGCGUGCUGGUUUGGGU